AUGUCUGCGUCUCCUAUCGGAACCCCAAACGGCUCUCUCCAGCCUCCCAUGCCUCAGCAAGUGGCCAACCUCAUAAAUGGCGCUGCUUCAGGUCGAUCCUCUCGAGCUAGCUCAGAAUCUGGUGGCAACAGGAUUAGGAAGGAUACGAUCGGUUAUAAAUCCUCUCCUUUCCCCGCGAAAGCAGAUCAACAAGCUACCGUGUCUCGUAUCCUCGCUGAGAGCGGAUUUAUGCCUCAAGAAUUAGUUCACGGUGAAGUUGACUGGUUCUACAACCAUCUUGGUAUUGAAAACGCGUACUUCCUUUGGGAAAAGCCAGAGACUAUCGCCGAUCACGUUCUCGCUCUCUUCUCUGCCAAGCUCUUAGCAUACACCAAACAUGAUCCCGAGAAGCUUGUCAUUGAUCUCGAAAAGAUCACUCCUGAAGGACAAGAGAAAGGUCGUGAAGGAGCUGUUUUCAUUCAUACUUCUAAAGCAGGUGUGACCGUUACAGAAGGACCCGGUGCUUCCGUUGAGCAAAGAAUCGACUCCCUCUUCUUUGAUGACUCUUCUCCUGAAAAGGCAUACCGACUUGAAACUUAUCGAUCGACAGGUGCCAUUUCAUCGACCAUCUCUCAACAACUUCGAUGUUACUUCGUCUCUAGAUGUGCUUUCCCAACGUCUGCUCCUGUCAAGACUGCUCAAGGCACUACUGAAAUCCGAUCAGUGUCAGAUUCAGCUUUCCUCGAAAAAGCAAGUGAAAACACCUUGGAGGUCUACCAACAUGUCAUGAAUGAAGUUGAGCAAAGAUACGGACCAGUAAUUGAGAUGUUUGAAGUUGAGGACAGCAGAGAAAGGAGAUUGGUCAUCGGAUACAAAAUGGGAGGUACAAGGAAAUUCUUUUCCGCCCUCAGUGAUCUUUACCACUUCUACGGUCUCUACUCUGCUAGGAAAUACGUCGAACAAUUUUCCAACGGUGUUACCAUCAUUUCCAUGUACCUGAACCCAGUGCCCAACACACGGGCUCCUCCUAUCGAGCACUCUAUCCAUCAAGUAGUUCGAGAAGCUUCCUUGCUCUACUGUCUCCCCGAUAACCCAUUCUUCUCCGUCGCCGAUGACGAUGACAGCCCUCAUGCCGUCCAAGAAGCCACCUAUGCUUAUGUCGGAUGGAUUUUUGCCCAACACUUCUGUAAUCGUCUUGGUUCUGCUUAUCUUGCGUUAAAGAACGCGCUCGACGAGUCUAACCCUGAUCACGCUGAGGUUUUGAACAAGAUCAAGACUAGAUUCAGAGAAGAGACUUUUACAAGGGAUAGCAUCAAGGAAGUCAUCCAGAAUCACCCAGAUCUCGUCAGGAUGCUCUAUAUCAACUUUGCAAUGGUACACUACCCUGCCGCUGAUGAGGCUUCCCAACUCACUCCUACACUCUCAUUCCAACGACUGAAGACAGAGCAACCUUUGACUGACGAACAACUCUACCAAAAGAUCAGAAGGACCGCAUCCAACCAGCACGCCGUUCAGAUCCUAGAAGCUUUGCUCAUCUUCAACAAGCAUGUACUCAAGUGCAACUUCUACCAACCUACCAAGGUUGCUCUUUCCUUCCGACUUGAUCCCAACUUCCUCCCCGACGUCGAAUACCCCAAGAAGCCUUUCGGUAUGUUCUUCGUUGUGGGAUCAGACUUCCGAGGUUUCCACGUCCGAUUCAGGGAUGUAGCUCGAGGUGGUAUUCGAAUCAUUAGAUCAAGAAGCAAGGAAAACUACAACUCAAACGUCAGAACUUUGUUUGACGAGAACUACGCUUUAUCUUCUACCCAAAAUCUUAAGAACAAGGAUAUCCCUGAGGGAGGUGCCAAGGGUACUAUCUUACCCGAUGUUAGCGCCAACUACAAGCAAUGCUUCGAAAAAUACGCCGAUUCCAUCAUCGACUUGCUCAUUCCCGGUAAAACCCCUGGUAUCAAAGGCAAGAUCGUCGAUGUCAGCGGAAGACAAGAUCCUGAGAUUCUUUUCUUCGGUCCGGAUGAGAACACUGCCGAUUUGAUGGAUUGGGCAGCUCAACAUGCAAGGUCCAGACAAGCGCCUUGGUGGAAAUCCUUCACCACUGGUAAAUCUGCUGAAUUACUUGGUGGUAUUCCCCAUGACACCUACGGUAUGACCUCGUUGUCGGUUCGACAAUACAUUCUCGGUGUCUUGAAAGCUCAUGGCCUUAACGAAAAGGAUGUUACGAAGUUGCAAACCGGUGGACCCGAUGGUGAUCUUGGUUCCAACGAGAUUCUGCUUUCCAAAGACAAGACUGUCGGAAUCAUUGAUGGAAGUGGUAUCAUUUAUGAUCCUGCAGGUCUUGAUCGACCUGAAUUGAUCAGACUUGCCAAAGGAAGGAAGAUGGUCUCCGACUUUGACCCGUCCAAAUUCGGUCCAGAUGGUUACAGAGUUCUGGUUGAUGAUAAAGAUCUGAAAUUACCCACCGGUGAAAUCGUUCCCGAUGGUACGCAAUAUCGAAAUGAAUUCCACUUCCGAGUCAAGUGUGAUCUCUUCGUACCUUGCGGUGGACGACCUGAAGCCGUCAAUAUCUCAAACGUCAACAGACUUGUCGAUGCUGAAGGAAAGCCUCACUUCAAGUACAUUGUCGAAGGUGCAAAUCUGUUCUUCACCCAACAAGCUCGAUUGUUCAUGGAGAAGAAAGGUGUGACCCAUUUCAAAGAUGCCAGCACUAAUAAAGGUGGUGUUACUUCGUCCUCUCUUGAAGUACUUGCCGGUCUUGGUUUGAACGACGAGGAGUAUUUGGAUCUGAUGGUCUUCAAAGAUGGCAAACCUUCUCCAUUCUACCAAAGCUACGUCAAAGACAUCCAGUCCAAGAUUUGCGAAAACGCCGCUCAAGAAUACACCUGUAUCACGAAAGAAUGGUUACGAAACAAGGGCUCCAAAACCCGAACUGUCAUUUCUGAUCUAUUGUCAUCUACCCUUAAUGACCUUCAGAACGAGCUUGAGGUAUCUGAUCUCUACGAGAAUUUGGUCAGCCGAAAGAAUGUGCUCUCCAAGGCGAUCCCAAAGACUUUGGUCGACAAGGUCGGAUUGGAUACUUUGAUGCAACGACUUCCAGAGCAGUACCAAAGAGCCAUCUGGUCAGCUUGGGUCAGUUCUCAUUACAUUUACGAAUGUUCGCUUCAAGCUUCAAACGUAGAUUUCUUCCACUUCUUCUCUAAGCUUUCUGCUUGA